CUUUAUCUCCAGUUGUUGUGAAAUAAAAUGCAAUUAUUAUGUAAUGCCAUGAAAUCGAUGGUCAGUUGUGUAUUGGGAAGGAAACGAAACGUCAAAAACUCGAAAAUGGCAUAAAUUAAUACAAAGUGAUGGAAAAAAUACACUUAACAAACCUGAAUUUGAUUUUGGACGACCAUAAGAAGGAGUAUAUGGCCGGGGAUGAGGUGUCGGGUUUGCUCACCAUUUCAAUGAAGGGUCGGCUCCUGUUGUCAAAUGUGAAAAUCAGUUUCACAUGUAUGGGCGAAGCGAAAUGGGUUGAGAAUCCGGGCGUUCGUUAUCAAAGAGAAGGAAAGGUCUAUCACAAUAAGACAAAUUUUUUUGACUAUACGUAUCAAAUGCCUAAACAAUAUGCCGACAACUGUCUGGGAGCGGGCGAUCACGUGAUGCCAUUUAAAUUCAGAUUACCUGAAGAAGGUAUUCCCUCAUCGUUUGAGAGCAUUCACGGCUCAGUUAGCUAUUAUGUGGAGGCAGUGAUCGACGAGCCGGCCAUCAAUGAAGUGCACAGAAUUGGCGAACCUAUUAUUGUUGAGUCGCCAAUGCGUAACAAUCUCAAUAUAUCUGUUGGCGGAACAGCCGAGAAGGAUCUCUCCAUCUUCGGUUCGGGAACUCUCUCACUCUCUGCCAACGUUGUUAAGAAGGGUUUUACGGCGGGUGAAGUGAUAGAAGUGCAGUGCAGUGUCGAGAACCAGUCGUCGGUGGAUGUGGUCCCGAGGGUCACACUAUAUCAGACACAGAUCUAUAUGUGCGGUGAGAGGCAUAAGUCACUGGAGGUGGCGCUCACUGAACCCAUUGUUGGCCACAAAGUCAAGAGUGAAACGGAUGGCGCGGAAAUAAUUUCGGUUCCCAUACCUCAAGAGGCGUCCCUUUCCAUCAAAAGUCCCAUUAUUUCGAUCAAAUACUUUGUUCACAUCACACUUGAUAUACCCCAUGCUAUUGAUUUACAUAUCAAUCUACCCAUUAUUGUGACCAAUAAGUCCGCGUUGGGUCUUAAUUGA